GGUUUUGGGCUAUUAAACGCUGCAUCGUCCCUGUUCGCCAUUUUGGAUUGGAGUUGGGGGAGUCGACCUUUGAACUAAUUGUCAGAAAUCUGCCUCCAUCCGUCCCUGCAAAAUUCACAAGAACAAACUCAUCUUACUAAAAUACAGAACCCAUAAGGACGGGCCGAGGGAGCGGACCGUUCCCUGGGUGCAGUGCAGCAAAGUGCUCAAUGACUUCUCCUCGUCAGCAUGUCCACGGUUUCGGGGCUACCUUCAAAGGGGGAGAAAGGAAAGCCAAAGUAUCUGGCAUUGGACAUAAAUAAUAUCUACAAGGGAAAAAGCUUAGAGAACCCUAAAACCUCGGCGGCCCCCAAACAUGGCUUGCAGUCAUUGGGGAAAGUUGGUGCGGGGAGGCGUAUGCCACCUCCUGUCAACCUUCCAAGUCUAAAAAGCGAGAACAGUGGAAACAAUCCUAAUAUCAGCUUAGUUCCAAGUGGAGGUCAAGGAUGGGGGAGUGCAGGAAAAGAGAAAGGAAAGUCGCCCGAAGAAAACAGCAGUGGCCCACAGCAGCAGUCGCAACACUCACAAUCACCUACUUCGCAUUCACAAGGACCGCCUGCAUCAAAGCAACCACAGCAGCCGCAGCCGCAGCUGCAGCUGCAGCCGCCGCAACAGCAGCAGCAGCAGCCGCCGCCGCCACCGCAGCAGCAACAGGCACCAGUCGCAACAAGCACCUGUGCUACGGGGGGUCUGGGAAGCGGGGCAACUGUUGGGGUAGGCGUUGGCAGCAGCGCUGGCGUCAAGACCUGGAGCAGCGUGACAUCCAGCCAAGAGGGUGGUGGUCCAGAACGCAACUUCUUGGGCCAUCAGUCGCCAUUUUUUCCUCAGGAAUUCCCCAAGCUAGCUGGUGGCGAUGUGCCCAUCGACGGGACCCAGAGGUCGGCGACAGACUCUCAGUAUGGGCCUGGCCCCAGCCUGAGACCGCAGAUGGAAGGGACCUGGAGCCGGGGCACACUGCAGCAGCAGCAGCCGCCGCAACAGCCGCAGCAGCAGGCUCCGGGGGGCGGCAGUGGAGGGGGUGGUGGCGGGCAGGGCUCUGGCCCACCCGGCGGCCUGCCUCCGAGCAGUGGCAGUGGCGUGAACGGACAAGCAUCGUUUGCACCUCCGCCAAGGGGAGCCCUCCCCUCAGGUGUGCCGCCCGGUGGUGGACCUCCUCCUUCACCAGCACAGCCCUCCUAUAGGCAGCAGGCGGUGCCACCUUUUGUACAGGUUUAUGGACGUGGAUUUCCUGGAAACUAUGCCCCAAGCUACUCUGGUGUGCCUGGAGGUGCUCGCCCACCCUAUGCUUACUCAGAUAGUAGGGUUCGAGGCAUGAGAAGUGCUCCUGAUGAGGACGGCUACCAGCGGCCUGCAAUCAUCAGUGAAAAAGACCUUAAAGGAUUCGAUGAAAUUCUUCAAAAUGACUCCCAAGAUGGCUGGGCAGCUGCAAAGGGAGACAUUGACUACAAUGCUAAGCUGGUGUUCAGUGACGAAGAUGAUGCUGGGGGCACCAGUAGGGGUGCAGCUUCCAAAGGGUCUGACAUUAUGCCAGUGUCUGAAAGUGGCAAGCCUGUGGCCAUGAAGGGUUCCGACAAAGGCGAGUGUAGGCCUCCGGGACCAGCAGGACCGAAGCUUCCCCCAAGCCGCAGUCGGGAGCCUGGCUGGGAUGCGUCGUCUGGGCAACAGCCAGGCCAGCAGCGUGCUGGCCGAGAGCCACCUCCUACACAGGCCUCUGCUUACAUGGACAGGGAGGAACGUGGGCGCAAGGCGUGGGGUGCCCCAGGGAGUGCCGAGCUGCAGCCUCAGCCUUCACCGCUGUCGCAGCAGUCCCAGCAGGCCCCACCUGCACAGGCAGCCCCUGUGCGCCAGUGGCCGCAAUCCCCACCGGGGCCACCACCUCCCACAGCUGCGGCACCCCGUGCUGCAACUGGUGCAACCCCAACCUUGGACUAUCUAGCCAGGGGCACCCCUCCCACUGCUGCAACACCACCUGCCAUGGCGGCUGCUAACUUCCCCACAGGACGUGUAGGCCCUCCUAUGCCCCCCCAGCAACCGUCGCACCAUUCUGGAUUUGGUGUCGGCCCAGUGACACCAUCUCGAGGUGCUAGUCGCCCAGGCCUUGACCAGCUGACUGGUGACGAGGAAGAACUGUGGCGGCAGCGACGGCAGCAGCAGAAUGAUGAGAUGGCGGUGACUGUGGAGCGCACCAGACAGCGCAGAGAAGAGGAGGAGAAGCGUUACGAGCAAAUCAAGCAGUCCUCCGCCGCCACGGCUGCUGCCGCCAACGCUGCCGGCCAGCAACAGCAGCAACCGCAGCAACCGCAGCAGCAGCAGCAGCAGCAGCCCAGUGUGCCUGAUGAGUCCACACCUGUGCCUGCUGAAAAGGAAGACCUGGAUCAGCGCUCGUGCCAUUCAAGCGAGAGCCGGGAGGAUGUCCGAGGAGGCACGCUGCUGCCUAGUCGUGAGAGGCCAGAUUUUAGGCAGCAGUCGUCGAGUGGAUACCAGCAGAAUUAUCAGCGGCCAUUCAAGAAUAUGCCUCCACGAUUUCUCAAGAAGGCUGAAAUGCAGCGUCAGCAGCAGCUACGUCAGCAGCAGCAGCAGCAACAGCAGCAACAGCAGCAGCAGCAGCAGCAGCAGCAGCAGCAGCAGCAGCAGCAGCAGCAGCAGCAACAACAGCAGCAGCAGCAGCAGCAACAACAACAGCAGCUGCAGCAGCCACAGCAGCAGCAGCAGCAGCCACAACAGCAGCCACAGCAACAACCACAGCAACAACCACAGCAACAGCCGCAGCAACAGCCACCGCAAACAAGUGCUGGCAUGGCUCCACCGCAGACCUCCUCAAGUGUGGGAGGCAUGGGCGGUGUGAGUUAUGACCCUCGUUGGGUGGCCAUGGGAGCUGGAGGACCCUACCUGGGUCAACUGGGCAUGGGCCCUUUGAAAGCUCUCGGUGGCCAGCGUCCCCCAGAGCCAGAGGGGGGCUCCUCCUACCCCAGUGCCGAGGAUCGGCCCUAUGAGGCUCGGGAAGCUCGGCCACUGGAGUGCUGGCCUCCUGGGGCUGGACGUCCUGCUCCCCCACAGGCAGACCGGCCCCCACAGGCUCUGGCUCCACCCAUGGCACCGCCACAUGUGCCGCCAGGUGGCCCAUAUGACAGCUGGCGACCAUCUGUGGCACCUGUGUACUAUGGUGGCCAGGUUGCCGACUUCGGCAGGAAUGCUCCCAGCUACGAGCAGCGGUUGGAUUUCCCUCCAAAAAGGGCAGACAAAGAGGAUGUGCCUUUUGACUGCCGCUCACGUGGGGAUUCGUUUAGAAAAGAGAGAGACUUCGAGGACAAACAGCAGCGUGAAAAACGUGAGAGAGAUACUAUGGGAGCCUGGUCCAGCACAAGAGAGUACGAUCAGAGAGUGGCAAGAGAUAAAUGGGAGCGAGAGACUCAGCCCUCAAGACCGGAUAGCAGGGACAGUCGUACAAGUAGAGAUUCCCUUAGGGAUGAGAGGGCUAUGCCUCCCGCUGAUCAACGGCAAGAGAUGCCAUUGCAGCAAAUGGAGCCGCACCGUCUAGCGCCUGAGCGGGGGAAGGAUAAACCGCAGGUGCCUGAUUGGUCUGACACUCCGUACUCUGCCACUGGCGAAAGUAAGAGGCGUGAUUGGCACACACACCACCCACCUCCUGUGACUCAGCAGCAGUUGGACAGCGCAGGUCCAAGCAAGAAGAAUUUCGUGCCACUGCGACGGGGGGGAGUUGCAAAGGAUGACGGGAAGGACGAUAUCAAGGAAGGAAAGGUUGACGACAAUUCCCGCGCAGAUGAGGAAAAAGCAAAGGAUGCUUGCAAAAAAGAUGAUACAGAGAAACGUGCACCAGCAUCUCGUUCUCGCGGUGGAAGUGGGGGAAGAUUCGAGGCCAACAGGGGCCGUGGUGGUCGUGGUGGUAAUGGCUACAGCGGUGGCAAUGUGGGUUACAGGGGUCGCAGCCGGGAGUACCGUCGCAGCCGGACUGAACGUGGGCCCCGCUUUGACCGCAAAAAGGAUGAUGGUAGCGAGGAAAGCUCUGGUGUUGAAGAGGAGAGGCCUGCCAAUCGGUUGCGGCCCAAGGAGGAGGAGAGUGAAGGGUCUGAGGAGGCCUGCCCGGAUUCUGACCGGAAAAAUAGGACAGUAAAAGAAACUGGUCGUGCUCGCGAGCCUCGCCGAGAUGAGGCUAAGAACAAGGAAGAGAAAAGCGCCUUCUCUCCUCGAGGGGAGCCUUCACGCCGAGGUCGUGGAGGUGCAAUUUCAUUAGGCCGAAGCUCAAGAGGUCGAUACCAAGCUGGCGGUUAUGGGCCGCCUACCUUGAAAGCACCGUUUGGCAAACCAGAGGAAGGUAACAAGGAGGAAGAAGCAAGUAAGGAAGGGUCUUCAACCCAGGGAAGCAAGCCGCGGUCUAAUAGUAGUCGUCCAGUUGUAAGGCGCCCUAAUCGCAUGGAGCCACUGCCACCACGCUUUCAAAAGAACCAGCCUCGCAGACAAGAGAACCCUGAAAGGAACAAAGGAAGAGGUGGUCGUGGUGCAGGCCCAAGUAAGGAUGCCCUGUCUGAUGUGGCCAAUGAAGACUGGGAAACUGCUUCUGAGAGCAGUGACGUGGCAGAUAGACGUGGCCUCGAUGAUGGUGUGCGCCAACAAUCAUCGGGUUCCAAAAAGGGCCCACCCACUAGCUCGAAGGCCCCCGGUAGUGGUCAGGAACGACGCCGUUCAGGCGGGGAAGUACGCCGAGGUGGAGGUGGAGUGCCUGGAGACCGUAAUGGUCGAGGCCCUGUGCAACGCAGAGACUCUGGGGGUGGCGGGCCACCUGCCAGAAUGGGCCGUGGGAGUGGCUCCCGGCCAGGAGGCCGAUCACGCCAACAGCAGCAGCAGCGGCCAGGAGACGUGAGUGCGAAGGGGGAGCCUUCGCCAGCCACCCUUGUGUAUCGAGUGGAUGAAGUGAAGCUGCAGGACCCAGUGGGAGUUCAGGCUGCCCUUACUGACCUUGGUAACAGAAAACACAUGAAGAAAUCGGAGCAAGGGCAAUCAAAUGCAAAACUUGAAAAAGAGAAACCGAAUGCUCUUGAAGGUAUUGACCUAAGCAACUAUGCCAGUGUCGUCGUUAUAGAUGACCACCCAGCCGUGACUGAUCCUUCUUUAUGCGAUGCUGAUGAGGGCGACUUUCAAGAAGUAACCUCAAAGAAACGUCACAAGACUUUGGCUGAUGGAGACUCCAAGAAAAAAAAAGAGACAAGAAGUAAAACCAGUGUACACGGUCGUCAAAACAAGCUUCCUCCUCGUCUAAUUAAAAAGCGAGAAUCUGAUCGCUUGUUUUCUUCGAAGACUGAGUGUCAACUACCCGCAAAAACUGAGGGAGGUGCCACAGACUCUGUUGAUGCCUCCAUUACGAAGACUCAGUCGCAUUCUACCUUUAGUACAAAAGAACUGGCUCCAACGGGGGUUCUUCGACCUAUGGUGAAUGCGUGGGAAAAGCCUAUCACUCAUGCUCUGCGGGGAGGCAGCCCUCCGUCAGCUGCCCCACAGUCGGUUACUUCUCCGGCAGUGUCAUCUGCAGAUGUCCUUGUGUCCUCCAAAUCGAGCAGCUUUGACAGAAGUAGUGAUCAGCAUGACAGUGGCAUUGACGUGAGCGACCAGCCAGCCUCAGCAGCAUCGUCUCAGCGCUCUUCACCCAGUAAUGAUGGCAAAGCCCCACUGCUUGGGACCACCCCCAAAGGCUUGGCCGUCAUGCCUGUUGGUGUGCCACCUUCUGCUGGGACGCGUGACCAUGCUUACAUUAAGGCUGUGGGCGUGGACUCCGGCAAGCCUAUGGGCACUGUCAUAUUUGAAAACAAAAACUUCAAAGCAGAAAAUGCAGCUCUGGACAAGUUCGAGUUGCAAACCAAGUCACAGGAACCAGGCAGUUCAAAUGCUCCCAUGCUGGCAGCAGUUGCUUCAAAGGCACCAAACGACACUGUUGAGCCUAGCAAAUGCAAGGGAGAAGACAGUGGAGACAUGAAGCUGGACUUCACAUUUGACCCUGAAUUGGCCCCGUUUGGUGACGAGAAGCAAGCCAAGCACAUAGCUAUCACACGUUCCCUGUCCAGUGAAAUCACUUCUGCCAACUCUCCCAUUUCACCUUCUACGGAUGAUCUGAAUCUGAAAAUUGCAUCUGUAAAGAAGGUCUGGGAGAAUGUGGGGCCCCUGCCAACAGUGCUGGAGCACGGUGCAGUCUCGGUUGCGGGGGACGACACUGGCAGUGCUGCAGUACAGGCUCCAAGCUUUGGCUCCUUUGGAGGCUCUGCUUCAGCUGACACUUCUUUUGCUACAAGCAGCACGGCAACCGAAAGCAUGGUUCAGCAGGGUCAAACAGAGUCAACACAGGCAACUAGUGAAGCUGCCUUUGGCUCUGUGUCUCCACUAAAGCCAGCUACGCCGUCCUCCCUCUCGCACCAUGUGGCAUCGGCAGUAGGUUCUGGCCAUCAGCACACUGCCAGUGGUCACCAUCACCACCACCACCACCACCACCACAACCACCAUCACCACCAGCCGCAGGCUCAGCAACAGCCACCAGUGCAGCCUCAGCAGCAUUUGUCUUUGGCAGCCCACCAUCAUCAUUCACAGGCAGCACAGGCCCAUGGUUGCUUGCAGGCAUCGCAGCAGCAGCAGCAGGCACUGAUGCGACAAACUCACCAGGCACACACUAUGCUGGAUCAGCAAAACUUGUCCAAGGUGAGGGCCCUGCAUGCACUGAGCCCGCCGCCAACAGCAGCGGCCUCGUCUUUGGCUGGUUUGGACGUACGGGCCAUGGCAAACCUUCAGGUGGCAGGCAUGCCCCAGGCAGUAGCCAGUCCUCCUGCUGCCUUGCUUUUCACAAGCACCCAGCAGAUUACUCAGCCAGCGGCACUCUACCAGACGCUGCUUCAAGACCCUGUGCCACGUCCUGUGGCCCACCAGUUUUCACAGGCCACACAUGGCUAUCCAGCUCCCCCACCUUUGGGGUCCUACCAGAGCUUCAACCAAGGGGGCAUGUAUGUGCCCCCUCCGCAAGCCCACUCGGGGCCUGACAUGUUUGCUGCCACUGGAGCAGCUCUGCGGCUGCAGCCAACAUACCAGGCAGGGCCGCCUGUGCCUACAAGCCAGGUGCUGGGCCAGCAAAGCCUGCCAACUGCGCAGCAGCUGCUGGGAUCUGGCCGGGCGGCUCCUGGAGGGGCACCUCUGGGUACCUCGUAUUACCCAUCCCAGGGCGGCUACUACCCGUCUCAGCAGCAGAACCAGGCGCUGGCCUUUGGCUCGCAGCCACCCCUUCAUCGCACCUACCACCCACCGCCCUUCAAGUCUCUGGAGCUCGCCACUGAGUUUGGUGCCACGCCACCGCCAAAGGCCCAGGCAAGCAAGGCCUUUACCCCUGGAUCACCCUUUGCCUUUGGCCAGGGCCGGCAGUCUGCACCACCCACUGCAGCCACCACGGGAACAACUCCCCCGGGGAACUCCUUGCGGCCACCUGUGCAAGUGCUGCCGCUGCCUCCAAACCUGGUACGAGGCACCCCGCCAACAGCGCCCACCAAGUAUCCUGCACCCAUUCAAAGGCCCCAACAGGGUCUGACGCUGACCUCUACACAGCAGCCCCGGGGCCCAACUGCACCUGCUCUGCGAGCUCAGCAGCCACCAGCACGUCAACUGCCCACCAGUGACCAGCAGGCCAAGCAGCAGGCUGAGGCGGUCAAACAAGCACAGUUAUUCUUUGCCCAGUCCAAGCCAACAGUCCCCGAGCCAACCACCGAAGAUGGCCUGGUGGUCAACGAAAGCUCCGACGACAAAGCUCUGCCCCCCAAGGAGGCAGCCGAGGAGUGAGGCCCACCUGCUGGGCUAGGACUGGCCGGCGCCUGUACGGCCCUCACCGCCGCUUGGUUGUCUCUGGGAAAUCAUGUGCUGACUUGCCUAUUCUCUUCUUUGCCUACACUGUCCCCGCCUCCCGUAAAGAACUCAUCUGGUCCAUGGUUUAAUAAAUGUGGUCUCCCCCUAACCCCUUUUUUUACUUUUCGGUCUCCUGUUGCCUUCAGCAAGGCAUCAAGGAUCUGAAUUCAUUUUUUUACAUGUGUGCCGACAUGGGGGCAGUGGGCGAACAAGGGAAUUCUCUGUGUGUGAGCAUGUGUGUGUAAGUGUACAAUGCUGCUGCUGAUUCAUAGCCCCCUUCUCUGUCUGAGAGUUUUUGUCCAUUUCGGAAAAGGGUAAUGAAAUUGGUCUGGCGAGCUUUGGAUAAGUAUAAAUAUUAUACAUAUGUAUAACAAGUGUGUAAACUGCCUGUACUGUAGCUGAUCGUGUUUUUGUGGGCAGGCUUCUUCUGCCAUGUUUUUUUUUUUUUUUUUCCCUCUGAUGAAAAACAUUUUCGACUUACUUUCCCAAGGGCCUUUUAAUUUGUGCCCAAGUUUUGUGGAUCCUCCCCAAAACAUGUUUGCCUCCUUCCUGUGGUUGAAUGUGUCUUUUUGAGUCUGUAUUUCUGUCAACCUGGUGGUGACAAAUGUGGUCAGUGGGAACCAACACCAUUGGUUCUUCCCCUAUUGCGUAGGAAACUGAACCAAAAUGGUUUCCGUUCACGCCUCGAGCGCUUCUUGUGUAAUACUUGUGGUGUACUUUUGCUCUUAAUUUAUAUACACCCAUAUGGGAGGAGGAGGAGGAGGCAGGAUCUGUUUUACCAGGCAUACUGUAGGGGAUUCCCAUGCCUUGUUUUUUGAGAAUGGCUUUUUAAUUGUGUAAUGUUGCAAAGGAGCAUGCACUUCUGAAAUUGUGGCUGCGGUAUUUGAAGGACUAGUUUGUAAGAGAAAAGAAAAGCAUUCUUGAUGGUGUUGAAAAAUGCUGUGUGUGGUAUAAACAGCCAAUGGGUGCACAAUGUACAUUUGAGAAUGAUGUGACAACUCUUCAGUUUAUGCUGUGUAAUUAGUGUCUAUAACGGUAAUAAACUGCCACCAAGUUUCGGAUUGGGUGUUGUCACCAUGGAAGUGUUGUGCAGUCAUUUGCCAUGCAGCAGGCUGAUAUCUGUGGCAAUGUGGUGUCCAUUGAAUUUCGGGGAAAAAGCACCUGUGCUUUGAUAUUUUUUCUCCCUUUUUUUUCUUUUUAAAGGUUGUGUGGUGGUUUGUCAUUUGUCAGUUAGCAUUGCGCUGCAUUUAAGUUUGUGUGGACUCUAUUACCUUGAAGGUAUAGUUCAGUGUAGGCGCUGGAAGCCAUGUGAUUCAUCUAGGAUCUGUGUGGCUGUCGUAUAUCCUUCCCCUUCUCCUCCAUUUUUUUCCCUGAGAUGCAGGCACAAGUGUCAUUCUGUGCAUUUCUGCCGCCUCGAUUAUUUUCUAUUGAAAAUGUGAUGGGCACUUCAUUGUAUGAGGAGAGUUGCUGUAUGUAGUUUUCUGCAAUAAAGCACUAAGGAUUAUG